UGCAGCAGCGGGACGUGCUGCCUACCGCCAUUAAACAAAAGAAGAAGAAGAAGAAGCAGCGGCAUGAUACAAACAGGCUCUUCCGAGUGCAGUCAUUUUUAAUCCAGUGUUUCUAUUUCUAACGAAAUACAUUCUGGUGGAAUAGACUGACGGGUAGGACAACAUGGUAUUUCUAACCUUGUCCUGUUGGAACCGCAACCGUGGACCAUGCAGAUACUUUAAAGUCCAGGCUCUUCUCAAACAUGCGCGGCACUUCAGAGGGAGGCGGAAUCGCUGCUACUCUUUAGCUGUGAAAGCUGUCACCAGGGCGUUUGUGAACGCUACCAAGGCUCGAAGGCUUAAAAAACGUAACAUGAAGAUGCUGUGGGUUACUCGCAUCGCAGCAGCAUCACAAGAGCACGCUAUGAAGUAUUGCACCCUCGUAGCAAACCUCACAAGGAGUAGCAUUAAGCUCAACCGCCGUAUCCUCAGCGAACUGGCCAUCACAGAACCUCGGACUUUCCAGUCACUUGCAAAAAUUGCAUAUGCUCGACGACAGGAAGGCUUCCGGGCAGCUUUGGGUGAUGGAAAAGAGCCUCCCGGUGUUUUCUCACGUGUCUUGAUGCAGUAAAGGAAUUCCUACAGCUUCAGAGCCCAACUUGCUGUAAGAGGAGAAUUGUUGGAUUGUUGAUGUGGAUUUUUACAUAAUCAUUAAAAUUUUCAGAUAAAAUGUAUUUAAAUGGUAUCCUUCAACCAUCCUUCUAACAGAGAUCCUAACACCACAGUGUUGGUUUGCAUAACUUUGAGCUAAUCUGUGGACAUUUUUGCUUGAUGUUUAUUUUUUACUGUAAUUAUCAUCCAAAAGCAAUGCCUCUAUUAAAAAAAACAGCUAAACGUAUUCAUCAAUGAUCACAAUAAAGCUGACAGCUGUAUCCAGAACAUUAUGUAGCAUGCCUUCAGUUAUUUUCUUUCUUUAACCUGGUCUUGCCUACAGAAAAACAUCCCUCCUGAUUAUUUCCAGUAUCAUAGUAGAAGAAGUGAUCGUUUAUCUCUAAAGCUGGAGUUAAAUACUCAGUUUUAACUUUUGAUUUGAUGCAGAAUGUUCAAGCAGUUGGGCUUUUUUUUCCUGUGAAAAUAAAUCAGUUUUUGUUUCUUUCAGUGAGCUGAUUCUCUCAAUGUUCAGUUCAAUAAACAUUUUGAAAUAUA